UCAAAGUGUUGACGUCACGUGUGGCCUGGGUAUUCGCCGUGACGGGAGACCCACGCCAUAAGAACAUGUUGAAAACUCAACUGUAGCUAUCUGCUCGCAAACAACAACGCUUUUACAAGCCGAACUGUGGUCUUUCGACAAGACAAAACGACAGACAGGAAUUUGUGGCGGUUGGACUAUACGAAGCGGGUGAAUUCUAGCGCUUCAAAACGAGGCAGACGUAUCUCACAGUCGUUCGUCUCUUUCAAAUACAGUAACCAGUUUGAGAAAAGCACAGUUUAAUUGCCACAAAGUGUAUAUAUUCAUGCGUUUGUAAGCCAUGGCUACGAUUCUGGAAAGAUUUAAAGGGAAUGAAAACGCACCCCAAUUAUUCAACUAUAAAACCACAGCAAUGGCUGAUGGCACAACCUCUGCGUCUGACCGACCGGUCAUUAAAGGCGAAACCUCAGAGAGAUCCUCCUGUCCCUACACGAACGAGGAAAAAGACAACGGGCAACAGAUGAGUGUGAAUGGUUUGCAAGAGGAAAAACCAAAAGACAGUCCAGUGAGAAGUCUUAGUCCAGAGUUCUUGCUGGGAUCGUCCGAGAAGACUGGAAACGAAGGCACCCGAACAGGUGAAACAGAGAAGUCCACGGCGAUAACUUGUGUAUUCUGUAACGAAACCCUGGCAGACAACACGGCCCACGAGGAACAUACACUCAGGAAACACUACGGCAGCGACAAGAGACUCUACGAUUGCUCUGUGUGCGAGAAGCAAUUCACUCAUCGCAGCAGCCGAGAUAUCCAUCUCCGAGUUCACACCGGUCAGCGACCAUACGAGUGUGAAUAUUGCAAGAAACGUUUCCGCGUUUCCUCGCAUCUGCGUGACCACGUUAGAACGCACACGGGAGAACGGCCAUUCAAAUGUGAAGUUUGUGGACGAGGAUUUAAGCAGUCAAGCGAUAUGAAAAAGCAUAAAAAAACUCACUUUAAAACUGUGUCUGCCUCGCAAACAGCCAAGAACACUGAGGCGUCGUACAUGAUCGUAAGACCCGAGUACAAUACGGCAGUGAACGAGCACACUUCGAACGGUCUCCGAUCACCGACCGACCAACGACAGAAUCUCAAAUUAGUCAUUAAGAGGGAACGAAAGCCAAGCGAAAUGAGGUCACCGACAAAUGUAAACGGGGAAAAAACCUUACCGGGUAACAGUACUCUAGGGGAAGAAAAACCCUUGAUCAAUACCGUAUCGGGUAACAGAAGCCAGUCGGUGGAAAAACCCUCCGAAGAUAGUACCCCAAACUAUAACUAUUCCAUUGAGAAUACGAAUUCAGAGAAUAUCGCAUCAGCAGAGAACAACUUGCCAAGGUUCUCCCCGGCAAAGCUCGCGAUUAAACGAAAGUUGGAUAGCAAUUCUAAGAGUCGUGCCAAGAACGGGUACAAAACUACCCCCUACCCAUCCAUGGCUAGUGGGUUUGGUCAUAUUUACACGUCAUCUGGUUUAUAUUAUAAUCCACAAGAAUCUCCGAUUGUGUCCACGCAUAAUCCGGAGCCGAUUUACAAUGACGCGCAAGUUAAGCAGAGCAAAGCACAGACGUUCAAUUCAGGAAGCAUCGCUGUCCCGUAUGAGGACGAACAGAUGGAGAACAGGAUUUCUUAUGAUCACCAGCCCACGACACAAACACUAAUCCAAAAGAGCGAAGUGGGCGAAAACAACGACGUUUUCUGUCAACCCGAGAUGAAAAAAAUCAAAACCGAGAAACUGUCGCCAAACUCACGCGAGCAGUCGACGCAUUGCGACGACUUCUCGACGCCAGUUCACGAGUUGCAAACGGCUAGUUACGAGCAACGGGCAUUAAGUCACGAAAAAUCGCCGUAUAAUCACGAACAGGCGAUGUAUAGCCACGAUGAAGCGACAUACAGUCGCGAACAAUCCAGCAACAUUCACGAGCGUUCGACGGGAGGUUACGAGCCGAUGACGUACACGUACGAGCAGCUUAAGAAAUCUCUAGACUCAACACGAAACGUUGACCACGAACAUACGUACAACUGCGAUGUAGCUACGACACAACACGAAGAUUUGACGAGCAAUCAAGUUGACGCCACAAAACGCGCUGACGACAGCUCUCACACGGAAACACAAGCUUUGCCACGCAACGAGACGACGACGGGCAUCUCCGAAGGUCAGGUCGAUGCCCUUUCAAACGUCAGUGGUGUUGCCAUUGGUAACGUGGCCCCUCAACCAGGAGUUACCACGCGAAAGACAAUGGCAGUGAAAUUACGCCGGGAUAAGAAUAGAAUUGUGAAAACAGCGCGAAAACCAACCAGAUUAAGUGACGAAGGCGAAGAUGUGCGAUGCAGUGUUUGUGAACAACUGUUCAAAAAUCUGGUGGAAUUUACAGCACACAAAUGCAACAAAAACGCCAAAGCAUUUAACUGCACGAUUUGCAGCAAGACAUUCGCACGACAAACCUUGUUACGACAGCAUAUGGUUCUGCAUCAGGGAAGCAAGAGAUUUCGAUUUAAAUGCAACUACUGCGGCAGAGCGUUCAGGCAUCGUAGCCAUUUAAGAGAUCAUGAAAGAAUACAUACUGGAGAGCGUCCCUUCAAAUGCUCAUUCUGCCCGAAGGCUUUCAAACAAUCCAGUGACCACAGAAAACACGAGAACUUACAUACGGGCACUACAAGAUACCGCUGUGAGAAAUGUUCGCUGGACUUCAAGCGCUGUGACGCGCUCAAAAGACAUGCGAUGAUGCACACAAAAGGGGAGGUUACACUGCUCAAAUGUGAGAAAUGUCGAAGUCUUUUUGCCACAACGGAUGGACACAUGUCUCAUGUCUGCCUGAAAAGACCUUAUCGUUAUCGGUGUCAGAUAUGUCCCGAGCGUUUCACGGACGCCGACGACCUCCGCCGACAUUGUUACAACAUGCACGGAGAGCAGUCGACACUGUCUUGCUUGAAAUGCGAAUUCUGCAAACUGGAAUUUAACAGUUUGGAAAAGCUCGACGAACACUUGGGAACUCAUCGCCUCAAGAAGACACACAGAUGCCGAACUUGUGAUCAAAAGUUUUCUCUUUUGAACCAACUUGUCGAACACGUGAAAACGCACAGCACGGCCGUCAAUGAAUCUGUUCCAGCAUUUGACGGAAGCGAGGUCAAAAUGGCAGAUGAAAUUGCCGAAAGGGAAGACCCAACCCAACCCAAGGAGGCUUCACCUAAUGUGACAGCAACCACUCAAGCCUCGAACGAACCAGCAAGACGCAAAUUCGAUUUUAUACCAAGCAAAUACCAACCACUUGUUCAUACAAAUACCGGGUAUGGUGGCGGUGAGCUACCUGUGGGGACCUGGGUCCCACCUCACUCGUAUUAUCUUCAGUUGCACCCACGGGACAACAGCGUCCCACAACAACAAGCCGAGACCCCACCGAUAUCGCCACGUCAUCAAACGGUCUCUUCGCAGCAACACACUCCGAUAUCGCCCCGACAAAUUCCGAUGUCUUCACCGAAUGAUCCAAUCUCGUCUCGAAGCAACGUUGAAACUCGUCGGAAGAAUUUAGACAUUGCCAACAACAAUAAUCCGAUUUCUUCCCGAAGUACGUCGAAACACUACCGAACGAACGGCGAACCAUCCGAAAAGCCACCAAUUUCUGCCCGAAGUGAUGUCGAUUACCACCGACCGGAUGCGGAGCAUACUCGAAGUAUUCCGGAACGCUACGAAAUGAGAGCAGAAUCUUCGGAAAUGAGUUCGGUGCCUGGCAGCAGAAGUGCGGGAAAACCCGAAGUGAAGCCGGUGUCUUCCGAAAGAGAUACGAUUCCAGCCCGAACAUCCACGACUUCCAGUCCGAACAUCCACAAAACAGAUAGUGAAUAUGCCAGAACUAGCCCAACGAUAAAUGCGUUUGAAGAUGCAUUUUCGUCGACAUCUUUUGCAGCAUACCACGCCAUCGCUCUGUCAAGAUCGAUGCAUAAAACCGAUUAUAGCCGGCGAAAGUCGAGCCGUAACGAAGCGAUAAUAUCCCCGUCCCCAAAAUCACAGACCAACUUCCACAAAGCAUCACCUCGCAAACAGAAAACAGCGUCUGCUAGAUCCAUUUCCACCAUUGAAGACAGCCGCUUCGAUCCCUCUGAAAUUCACAAUAAUGUAGAUCCCUUGGAAGACCUCAUAAGACCCGAGGAGGGUCGAAGAUAUAGCGACGACAGCCGACUACAAUCCGAGGUGAUCCUUAGAAGAAACGAGCAUAUCCCAAUGCAUUCUGAAGAAAUCCAAAUCAGGGCAGAUAAAUACCGAAGUGAUGACGAUAUCACGAUUGUUUCCGAAAGGAUCCGAAGCAAUUCCGGGAGCAGUCAAAAUCGACCAAUCAAUUCACCUCGCCAGAGAACCGAAAGCCGCUCAGCUCAAACUCAGGCGGACGUAAAGCGCAAGUACACGUGCCUAAACUGUAGGUCAGAGUUUUAUCACGAGAGCGCGCUUGUAGAUCACGUGUGCGACAUUUUCUCAGAAACAUUAUAUUCUUGUCUGGUGUGCAAGGACGAUUUCGAGAAAUACGAGGACCUCCAGGAACAUAUGAGGAUACAUUGGAGACAAGUGGUGUACCUCAAAUGUACCAUGUGUGGGCUUCGUCUCAGGUCGGAGGAACUACUAAAGAAACACAAUUUGAAACAUUUAGAAGACGAUCGCACCGAACGAAGCGUGUCUGACGGGGAUAAAGAUGGGUAUCGUAGGCUAAAAGAUGACAGAUUACUUGAUGGUCCACCAGAAACAUUCGUUACCCCAUCAGGUUCAGCAAAGUCUGUGACAUCCCCUGUAAUUUGUUCGGUCAGCGGAAACGUUGUCACCAAAACGUCGGCGCUUGCGACAGACCGUCGUAGCUCAGAGACAGAUUUUGAACGAACCAAUCAGAACGCAGUCUGUGAUGACGUCAUCUCGAGAUCCGGUCCAUAUAUACCAUAUUAUGAAGCGAGGAAGCAAGCACCAGGCUAUCUGAACGUCUUAAGCCAGGGUCAGGCUAUGGUGAUGUCUGCAAUGCAUGCUGCUAUGGAGACCAGCGGUCGCUACCAUGUACCUGAAGGUAUCAUAUACCCCACAGCCCUAGGCCGAUCACGUUAUAAACCCGAACACCACUAACGUUAUGUAGCGAAUAGAAGAGGUAAAAUAUGAAAUAUUGUCCUGCUUUGGCGGGCAAUACAUCGUAGGAUAUUGUAAAUACAACAUACGCAUGCAUAGUAUAUAACAUAAUAAGAUAUAAUUACACUUUCGUAAACUAUGAGGGCAAAGUGCAGGGCAAACACGGUGGGUCAAAGAUUAAACGAGAUUAAGCGAAGUGUAAAAUAAACUUGAGGUAUUGAAAUGAAAAAUAAGAUGAAGUACCGUAGUCAUCUCGACAAUAGCGCUUGUUUACACGCCUAAAAACGAUCAGGUUGAUGCAAUAUUGAUACGAACAGGAUGAAACAAUGUUGUGCUGCCCACAUUGUUCAGAGUUGUUAUCAACAUUCAACCAUAUUGUUACAACCGAUUCAGUUUCAACAUUAUUGUUCAAUGUUGUUGACUAGUGUGAACAAUAAUGGCAGCACAACAUUUUUUCAAGCUGAUAAACCGCAGGCUCAGAGUUUUCAGCCGUGUACUUAGUCUUAGAUGAAGCCAUAUUUUAAUACCUCAUAAUAAGCUUGCCCUUCGUUGAAUCUCGGGUAAGCGGGAUUAUGUAAUCAUAAUUUUCAUAUCUUCCCCAGCUCUUGAAAUAUUUUCACACGAAGUAAUGAGAUGUCCGCCAUCUUGGUUGAAUUUUUAAUCCAUAAAUACUGUUUGGGUUACGCCACAAUAAGGGUUAAAAGUACAAUAGAUUUAGCGGUUUAAUCAGAUAUUGCUUGCUAGAUGUUUUGCUUGGAGAUUUUGAAAAUGAUUUGUGGUUGCGUAAAGAAAACUCAAUGCGUUAUCCCAAAAUAACAAACAUCUUUACAAAAAUCCAAGAUGGCGGACACUUUUUUCGGUCAAAAUAUUUGUACGAGUAAACAUGAUAUGAAAAAAGGUCAAAAGAAUAUCAUAUAUAAUUUUAAAAUUCUCUCAAGAAAUACGAUAUAUUUCCUUAAAUACUUCGUAAACAAACAUUUCUCUUGAAUGUCGGUUGCAUAUAAGUAUCCCAACAUUUUCUAAUCCAUGCCGAGUCAAGCUCGUUUGCGAUUAAGAUUAGAAUUUGUAAUAUAGAAUAGCCAUUUGAUAUUUGGGAAUCUUUAUGGAACUGCAGCCAAGAAAGACGGUUAUAUCCAGACGUUCAUAUAGCUUUUAGGAUUGUUUAAAUCUACUUUAGUUUUGUAGUGUAAAUUGUGGUAGCACAGUUCGUUUGGUGUAUAUAGUUCAGAGGCACAAUAUAACGUAACUUCAUUAUAUUAUCUUUAUCGAG